AUGGGGUCGCUAUGGACGGGUAUGGUCAGCGAGACCAAGGCGUUUGUCAAAAACGAGUCCAACGCGUCCUUUCUAGCGGGCGGAGUCGCGGGAGCUGUUUCGAGGACGGUGGUGUCUCCUUUUGAGCGGGCCAAAAUUUUGCUCCAACUUCAAGGCCCGGGUUCGGCCCAAGUGUACCGAGGAAUGUUCCCGACGAUUGCACGAAUGUACGCGGAAGAAGGGUGGAAGGGUUUGUUUCGAGGGAAUUUGCUCAAUUGUGUUCGGAUCUUUCCAUAUAGUGCGGUUCAGUUUGCGGUGUUUGAAAAGUGCAAAGAAUUGAUGAUGGAUCACAAGCCACCUGGCCACGAUCUUCUGGCGUAUGAACGCUUAGCGGCGGGACUGGUCGGUGGGAUCGUUUCUGUGGCGGUGACAUACCCAUUGGACUUGGUUCGGGCUCGAAUUACCGUGCAAACGGCGUCGCUUUCAAGGCUUGAAAAAGCCAAAAUGGUGCGAGCUCCGGGCAUUGUAGAGACCCUUGUGCACGUUUAUAAGAACGAGGGAGGUUUUUUGGCGUUGUACAGAGGAAUUGUACCCACUACCAUGGGCGUGGCUCCAUAUGUGGCCAUUAACUUUGCCCUUUACGAAAAGCUUCGAGACUCCAUGGAUGCUUCUCAAGGGUUUGAAAGUCCCAUGUGGAAGCUAGGAGCAGGAGCGUUUUCCAGUUUUGUAGGUGGUGUGCUCAUAUAUCCAUUGGAUUUGUUGAGGAAAAGGUACCAAGUAGCCAAUAUGGCUGGCGGAGAAUUGGGGUUUCAGUACCGACUGGUGUGGCAUGCACUUUCUUCUAUAUUUAAGCAGGAAGGGUUUUUUGGUGCCUACAAGGGAUUAACGGCGAAUUUGUAUAAAAUUGUGCCGUCCAUGGCUGUUAGUUGGCUCUGCUACGAUACGAUGAAGGAAGCUAUACGACAGUGGUAG